GUGUCUGUGUGUGUGUGAAGCAAGAUGGAGGGAUCCGAGUGUGCUGUGACCGUGGAGGGGGACUGGACUCCGGCUCAGACCAAAGCCCUGAAGAACAAACUGCACAUUUACUUCCAGAGCAAGAAGAAGUCGAGCGGAGGAGACUGCCGGGUGGAGGCGGAGGAAGGAGCGACGAGGGCGGCCGUUUACUUCAGCUCACCGGAGGUGAGAGAGCGAGUCCUCGCGAGGAAGAAUCACGAGAUCAUCCUGGACAGUAAAACCAUCCAGUUGCGGCUGAGCUCAGAUACAAGCCCAACAAGCAGCGACCGUGUCUCAGACUCAUCGUCAGACUCAAAGACGCCGCAGGCUGAAGCUGGAAGUGGAGCUGCUGCUGCCAGCAAAGAGGACUCAGAGUCGUCUCAGAGCUGUGCGGUGGUUUUGGAAAACGUCACAGACAACAUGUCCACAGAUCUGCUCUCCAUGCUGGUGGAGAACAUCUCUGGGUUGGAUGAGAACGAUGUGGAGAGAUUCCUGUCUGUAAGUCAGACCAGCACAAAGAUGAAGAAGCAUGGACUGACCGCUCGGCCCCUAAAGGUAGCAACAAACAUCCGAGUGGAGAGUCUUCCUCCGACUGUGGUCAAAGAUGUGGAGAGAUUCCUGUCUGUAAGCCAGACAAGCACAAAGAUGAAGAAGCAUGGACUGACCGCUCGGCCUCUGGAGGCAGCAACGAACAUCCGAGUGGAGAGUCUUCCUCGGACUGUGGUGAAAGACAUGCUGGAGUUGUAUUUUGAGAAGACUUGGACUCAUCCCAAAAACAUCAUCAUGAUCCCAAAAGAAAAGGCUGCCAUCAUCACUUUCAGUGAUCCUAAAGUUGUGGAAAAGAUUGAAAUGAUUUUGUCCCCUGCAUGGUUCUACAUCCUGAAGCAGGAGGGGCUCCAGAAAGCUGCUCUGGACAUUUCUCCUGAGAUGAAACUCUCUUAUGAUGAAGGCACCCAGAAGUUAACCAUUACAGGACUCACUGCAGAGUUCUACAAGACCAAGUCAUGGAUCUCUGAGAAGAUAAUGAAUAUGAGUAAGAAACAUCAGAAUGUCCCCCCAUGUCUUCUAGACUUUCUCAGAAAAUUAGAUCCCAUGGACAUGUCCCAGGAUCUGUUCACAUCUCAAGGCAUCAGUGCAAUCUACACCAUUGAAAGCAAAGGGCUUCUCCUGUUGGGGAGUUCUGACAGAGCCCUUGUUGAUGCAGAAAGUAAGAUGAAGGCUGCUUUGGCUUAUCAGAUUGUAGAAGUGGAAGACCAAAAAGUUCUAAAACUUCCCACCUGGGGCCACCUGAAGCAAAAGCUGCUGGAUACCUACAACCUAUCGAAGAAAAAAACUGUGGCCAUUCAGAUGCACCCAGAAAGAAGAAACAAAAUAACAGUGGCUGGUUUUGUGAAUCCAGUGAAAGAGGUCAGCCAUAGUCUGAGGGUAUUUGUUGCAAGCAAUUCACAAGUCCAAGAAACCCUUCAUGUCGAAUCCUGUGCUGUUGUUUUGUUCAUUAAAAAGAAAAAAUCAAAGGAAUGGUCCAGUAUUGCCAAAGAUAAUCAUGUAUCAGUAAGGUUUUAUGUACAGAAGCAGAGCAUCAGCAUCCUUGGUGCUCGUCUUCAUGUUCAGAAAGCCAAAUCUUCCUUUAUGGAACUGGCCAAUGCUCUCUUCACUGACACCUUAACUGUGGACAAGCCAGGAGCAAAGAAAUACUUCCAAAACCAAGGAAAAAUGUUACUGUCUACAUUAAUGAAUGACUCAAGAUGUGCGGUCUUCCUUCGUCCAGAGAUUGAAGAAGAAGAAGCUGCGAAUUAUGAAGAAGAAACGACCCUUUGUUAUUGUAAAGUGCAGACCAACAGUGGAGUACUGAUUUCUGUCAGUAAGGUGGACAUCUGCAGCUUUGUUGUGGACGCUGUGGUCAAUGCAGCUAAUGAGGACUUAGACCACAUUGGUGGCCUGGCUUUGGCACUGCUAAAGGCUGCAGGACCACAGCUGCAGAGAGAAAGCAGCGACUACGUUGAUAAAAAUGGACGUCUACGUCCAGGUGACGCCAUCAUAACAGAUGCCUACAACCUGCCUUGCAAACAUGUUGUCCAUGCAGUUGGUCCACGAUUCUCUGACUUUGACAGGAAGACGGCAGUGUCACGCCUGAAGACUGCAGUGAGAGAAAGUCUGAGACAAGCAGAGAUGGCCAACUGCUCCAGCAUUGCACUGCCAGCGAUCAGCUCGGGCAUCUUUGGUUUCCCUGUUGACCUCUGUGCUGAGACCAUAGCCCAGGCAGUUCGGGAGUACUGUGACAGCCCACAAGGUCUGAGAUCAUUAACUGAGAUUCACCUGGUGGACAACAACGAUAGCACCAUCAGAGUCAUAGCCACAGCUGUGAGCAAGGAGUUCUCAGACCUCGGACCUACCAUGACCAUCCCACAGCAAGCAGGCGGGAAAAGAACAGGAGCUUCAGGUGGACAUAAGCGGGGUCAAGGCAGAGGCAGAGGUCAGAACCAAUCACAUGAUGCCAGCUGGUGCAAUGAAAAACGAGAAGAAGGAAGAGGCGGUGGAAGAGGAGGUGGAAGAGGAGGUGGAAGAGGAGGUGGAAGGGGAGGAAAUCAACACGGUAACAGGGGAGGCCAGAGCCCCAAGCAACAAAUCAGCCAUAGAGAGCAUGGAGGGUUGGAGCAGACCACAGCUGAGGGGCUGAAGAUCAUUUUAUGUAAGGGAAACAUUCAGGACCAGACUACUGACGUCAUCGUCAACACCAUCUCAGAGGACAUGAAACUGAACCAGGGAGCUGUGUCCAACGCCAUCCUGUCAGCAGCUGGAAGCAGUCUGCAGGACGCCAUCUACUCUGAAGCCAGAAGGAACACGCUGCGAUACGGUGAUGUUGUCGUCACUGACGGCUACAACCUCACGUGCCAGAAAGUCUUUCACGCUGUUUGUCCUUUCUGGGACAAAGGAGGCAGCCAGGCAGAGGAGGAGUUAACGUCCAUCAUCAGAUGCUGUCUGGUGGAGGCUGAGAAACGUCAGAUGGCAUCGUUGUCCUUCCCAGCCAUCGGGACAGGAAACCUGAGCUUCCCCAGAGCCCUGGUGUCCAAACUCCUGCUGAGGGAGAUCCGCUCGUUCAUCAGCAGCAGAAAUCCUCGCUGUCUGAGAGAGGUGGUCAUCGUCGUUCACCCCAGUGACAGCCAAACCGUGGAGUGUUUCACCAGAGAGUUCACCGGUCAGACCGCUCAGAGGAACGUCCAACAUGAAGCUCGUGGUUUUAAUGAGGUACCAGUUCAACAGGCUGUCGACCAAUCACAGCACUCCUCAGUCUUGUCCACCUCCCUCGAUGUGUACCAGAUGCAGAUCGAUCAACUCACCCUUCAGGCAUCAUCAGGUGACAUUACCAAGGAAGCCAGUGAUGUCAUUGUCAAUUCCUCCAAUCAGAGCUUUAACCUUAAAGCAGGGGUGUCCAAGGCGAUCUUAGACGGUGCUGGAGUAACAGUUGAGCAGGAGUGCGCUCAGCUUGUGAGCUCCACGGCUCAGCCUCCUGCAAUGAUCCUGACAUCAGCCGGGCAGCUGCGCAGCAGGAACAUCGUCCACGUCGUCGGCCAGAACGACCCUGCAAACAUUAAAAACACGGUUUACUCGGUGCUGAAGUUCUGCGAGGAGAACAAGUUCAGCUCUGUGGCCUUCCCAGCCCUGGGAACAGGUCAGGGAGGGGCCAGCCCUUCAGAGGUGGCUGAUGCCAUGGUGGAUGCAGUGGUGGAGUUUGUGAAGAGGAAACAGCCGAGGUUUGUUCAGAGUGUGAAGAUCCUGAUCUUCCAGACGGCCAUGCUGAAACAUUUCCACAUGAGCAUGAAGAAGAGACAGGAAGAGAGGGUGCAGGAGAAGACUGUCGUUAGCGAAGCUGAAGAGCAGCCAAUCACUGCUGACAUAGUCCUGGAGAGGGAGGAGUUUAAGCCUGUAGUGCUUCAGCUGUGUGCCGAUGACCACAAGGCAGCGAGUCAGGCCAAGAAGAGGAUUAUUGAGCAGAUUCGGACUGAGCAGGAACAGAAAACCAUCUCUGACCCCUGCAUUAGUCAGCUGUCACAGGCUGACAUGGAAAAGCUGAAGGCUCUGCAGAGAGAACUGACGGUCAGCAUCCGUCUGGACAAAGGAGCAGAGGACCAGGACCCGGAGAUCCACCUGGAGGGUCUGACCAGGGAUGUCUACACUGCUGAGUCUGCAAUCAGGGACAUCAUCCGUAAGGUGGAGCGGGCAGAGGCCUUGAUGAAAAAGGCCUCGGAGAUGAGUGAACUGGUGGAAUGGCAAUUCAAGGACCAUAAUGGGUCAAUGGUGGCCUUUGACAUGAACACCAACCUCACCCUCGAGGAAGCUUUCAAGACUAAACAAAAAGCAAAGAUCAAGAUCAACAAUGACGCGUACACCGCCGACCCAGAGCGUGAAAAAGCAGUUUCAGCAAACGGACGUCAUGACGUGGAGCUCCAUCGAAAAGACCUGAAAGGUACCAGCGCUCUGCCUUUGCCUUCAUGUUGGGAGGACAUGAAGGACGACCUGCUGAAGUUGUUUGCUGUGGCUCCAGCAUCUAAUGAAUACAACGAUGUGGAGAAAGAACUGACGAAGACCGGACUCAACCUCAACAUCAUCAGUAUUGAAAGAGUCCAAAAUCCGUCACUGUGGCAGAACUACCAGAUCAUGAAGAAACAAAUGGAGGUGAAGAAUAAACACACAAACAAUGAACUGCUUCUGUUUCACGGCACCACUGACACCUCCAUCCAUCUGAUCAACAAACAAGGCUUCAACCGCAGCUACGCAGGAAAAAAUGCUGCGAUGUACGGCAACGGCUCUUACUUUGCUGCGGACCCUUGCUAUUCAGCAGGAAACUACGCCACCCCCGACACCAGUGGACACAAGCGCAUGUACCAGGCCAGAGUUCUAGUUGGAGACUACACCCAAGGAAAAAAAGGCAUGAUCACCCCUCCUCCCAAAUCUGGGAGUGCCUCAGACCUGUAUGACAGCGUCAUAGAUGACGCUGCUAAUCCAACCAUGUUUGUGGUCUUCAAUGAUAUCCAGGCCUACCCAGAAUACCUCAUCACAUUUACAUGAAGUACCACACUCCCAGUCUAUCAACUCUGUCAGAUAAUAUAAAAUACUGUACGUCUUUGAAGGGGGCGCUGUUGCUUUCAUUUUUCUUGCUGCUGGUGUCACUUUGUACUUUAAAUCUAAUCAAAUGCAGUUUGAAGGAGCAUUAAAGUAACAA